GUUGAAGACAUCAAGCAGAAAUGCUGCUAUGUGGCCGUGGAUUAUGCGAACGAGGGAACCCACGGUGUAGACUAUGAGCUACCAGACGGUCAGGUCAUCACCAUCGGCAAAGAAAGAUGUAAAUGUCCGGAAGCUCUCUUCAACCCAUCGGUCAUGGAAUCAAACGAAGAAGGUAUUCACACCAUGACCAGCAACAGUUUGAAACGAGUAGAGCCCCAGAUUAGAAAGCUCAUGUUCGGUAAUGUUCUGCUGAGUGGAGGCACCACAUUAUUCGAUGGCUUCAAUGUUCGUUUCUGCAAAGAGAUUUUUCCUCUGGCCCCUCCUGACAUUAAACCCAAAAUCCACGCUGUCCCAGAAAGGAAGUAUGCUGUUUGGAUUGGUGGCUCUAUCCUGGCCUCAUUGCACGCCUUCCAGUCUUUAUGGAUUCGCCAAAAAGAUUAUGAAGAAGAAGGCCCGUUAAUAGUGCAUCGUAGAUGCUACUGA